AUGUCUAAUGUCGAUCCAAUUUUAUUUUGGCUUGAACAAGAGUCUGUAACCAGUAACGCUGAUAUAUAUUUACCAGCAGAUACCCCUACAUAUAAACCUCCAAGUAGGAUUUUAUAUCAAAUCGAAAAAAAGGCUAAACUUCGAAAAAGAAGAACGAUUGAACGAUUAAAGGCAUAUUGCUUUGAAAAUUUAGAAGAAUUACGACGAAAUUAUUCAAAGAGGAUCGAUGUUUUAAAAUUACCUUCGCGCGAAAUCACCAUUCGUAGAGCAGAACUCGUUCAAAAUGAUGAUUAUUUAAAAAGAAUUGGAUCAGAAAUGACCGAUUUAUCUAAUGUGUCUAGAAAUGGCAAUUUAAAUGAACAAAUUAAAGAUUCAUUAGAAAAUAAGGAUUCUGAAGAAAAUAUAGAGAAACAAAAAUAUAAAGAACAGAUCGAGAUAAAUUAUAGUACAAAACAGAAAAAGUUACUCGAUGAAUAUGAUCAUUUGCUGGAAAAAAUUCAGAAAGAAGAUUAUAGAAUGUUAACGCAGAGUAAUUGA